GUUUGUUUUCCGCUCCCGCUCGGCCGCGGGCGUGAGGGCGGUCACGUGAGGCGCGCGCCAUGGCGGCUCCGGCGGACGGCGCCGACCUGGAGGCCUCGCUGCUGAGCUUCGAGAAGCUGGACCGCGCCUCCCCGGACCUGUGGCCCGAGCAGCUGCCCGGCGUUGCCGAGUUCGCCGCCUCCUUCAAAAGCCCAAUUACAAAUUCUCCUCCCAAGUGGAUGGCUGAAUUAGAAAAUGAUGAUAUUGAUAUGCUGAAGGAGCUGGGGAGCCUUACUACAGCUAAUCUGAUGGAAAAAGUUCGUGGCCUGCAGAACCUGGCUUAUCAGCUGGGACUGGAUGAAUCCAGAGAAAUGACUCGAGGGAAAUUCCUGAACAUCCUGGAGAAACCUAAAAAGUAGCUGCAUCUAACAUUUGGAUGAAAAUACCCCAACUAAGUCAUUUCAUGUACUGCAGAUCCAGAUGAAGCCCAGAAAGUCUAAGAAGAACAAAGCUCUUGCCCUACACCUUCAGAAGCAAGCAUCUCGUUUUGCUUCCACAGCUCAUCUCUUUAUGGGGGAAAUGUACAAUAUGCACAGGUCACAGGGACUGCAGUUGGUUGCAUUGGAAUUCAGACUUCAUCUGCCCAUCCAGACUUCAUCUGGAUGUCCAGCAGGAGGACUUGGCCCUGACAUGCUGUGACACAGUUACCUGUUUCAGUCAGCAGUUCAAAGUGAACAGCCAGUGUCCUUACUCAGCUGCUCUCAGGGGCAGCCUGUUUGAGAUACACAGCAGAUCUGACCCUGGCCAGUGUCCACCAUGAGGCCUUGACCCUUUGGUGUGUCUUUGGUCUGAGAUUGAUUUCCUGUGUGCGACGCCUGUGCUGAAGGAUCUGAGCGUAGUUUGGGGUGUGGAUUGACCAGGAGCACUGGCUCCGCAGGAGCACAUGCUUUUAGUGUAGAAGCCAAGUGCAUUCUCUGCAUUAGAUUCCAGUUGCCCACUGCCUUCGGAGAAGCACAUCUGGUACCCCGAGGAAGAGCUCCAGACCUCUGGUGUGCCUGGAGCUUCAUUUCACCUCUGAGUGGUUCUCUAAGUGAAAUUGAAACUAACAGACCACGGGGAGUGAGAAGUGUUACUGUGUCUCCAGGAAGGUAUCCUCACUGAAGCUUUGGCCAGUACACAAAGAAACAGCUUUGUCAGUCCUCUGCAAUUCUUUGCUUCUUGCAGGGCUAGAGACUGGAAAGAGUUCUAAAGUUGCAAGAUGGUAAUGUUUUAAGUUAUCACUCCAAGAAGUGGCAUCAGGACUGUUAGCCACAUUGUGAAAAAGGUCGGUCUAUACAAGAUCUCAACGUUUCUGAAAAUAAUGUUUUGUGGUAUUUUUAAUUGCUUAACAACCAGCAACUCAAAAUUUUCUUCUCCUACAAACCCAGAAUUUUUAAGAUAGAAACUUCUGUGAGCUGCUCCCUUUCAGAACACUGUGAUUACAGUUUAAUGCCUUUUUCUUCUGUUCAUGCACUUCUACAUAUUCAGCCCUUGGAAGAUCUAUAGAGCAUGUUCAGACUUUUUGUUUUAUUUAAGAGAAAUUGUGUUUUCAUUUCAUCCUCUUUCCUUUUCCUAGAAAAAAAACAUUUUAAGCAUUAGUAAAUAUGUUCUUUUUUAGGAUACAACAUAAUGUUGAAACAUAACAUGACAUAAUGUUAUUUUUACCAUGCAGACUUUUCUAAAUGUGUCAUUUCUCAGGCUGUAGUCACAUAUGGGAGGAGAAAUUAUUUGGAAAUAUUACAUGUAACAGGCUGUCCUUACAGCACUGCAUUUUUUUGGCUUUGCAGAGAGGGGAGACUCUUUUUGGGUGUGCAAUAAAGAGGGAGAGAUUUUUUUGAUAAAAUAGACUUCUGAGUUUUACUGAAUUGCUGGUGACCCUUUGGUUUGCAGUCUGUGGUUUUUGGUUAAUGUCCAUCAGAACUAGGCUUGUUUUGAACAGCUCUGGUUAACUAAGUUAAGGUAGUUAAAUUCUACAUCCUGGAAAGACACUGCACAAAUUUAGAAAUAUCAGGAGCCUGAUUUAAGACUUACAGAGUUAUUUCUGUCCUUCACAGUUUAUGCAGGGCUGAGCUCAACAGGAACUCCAUCCCUUGAGAACAUGAGAAUUAAAACAGAUGAAUGAAAAGAGAAGCUGAAAGUGGUAGUUCAGGAACAGAAAAAAAACCCUAUGGUGCAAACUGAUGUUGAUGUAGCUUUAAGCACUGAAUUAUAGAUUUGGAAUGCAAAUUAAGGUUUGUAUACUAUAUAUGUAAUAUAUGUACACAUAUAUGACAUAAUGGGAUACUUCAUCUGUAUCAUCAGUAUUUUAUAGAGGUUUCUUGGUCCAACGCAUUAAGGAAUUGAGAUCUGAAAGGAGGAUAAAGGAAAAUAUAUGAAAGCCUGUCCUGGAAGUAUAUGUGUAUUUUCUGAUAUGUGCAGUAAGAAAUUUCAAACUCUGGGUGGUUUUUAGUAACAUACAUAUGUUUAAAAAAAAAACCAACAAGAUGAAAAAAUCUCCUUUUGUUAUACACAGUAAUCAACUUCUCUAGGGCUGCCAUUAACAUAUGCUUUAGAAUUGUGAUAUUUUUUGAUUUUGUACUUAUCAUCUGUAAAGGUGAGUCAAUGAUGUUAUUUUUUAUUGACAAUAUUGAUGUGUAUUUUUUGUGUGUUAGCCAGAGAAGUUUUUUCUGUCUGUUAUUGCUUUUUGGUUUAAUAAUAUGCAAAUGCAAAUCUCAGAGGUUUGUUUGGGUUUCCAAAAUAGCCCUCUGAGAUGCAAAAGCUUUUCCUUGGCCACUUAGGCAAUAGUAUUCCUCAGGCUCUUCUUAUCUGCAUGACACCACCUCAGGGUUUGGCCUGUGGAUGUUCCAUUCCCAUCAGUAAAUAAAUAUUUGUCAAUAUACAAAUGCUACUAAGGGGUUUUGUACCCUUUUGAACCCAAUUUUUUCCUUCAGUGCUAUCCUUCCUGACAUCCAUGCAGUUAUCUGUCUGUACAAGAAAAUCUGAGUGACUUUUUGUUACUGAUGGGAAUGAAGAGUGUAAGAAAAUCAAGAUUUGGUAAUAUUAAUCAAGCUGAUGCAUUGUUUUAUAAAAUGUUUUCAUGUAUUGGUAUAUUAGAUGUUACUCUGAGUUACUUGGAAAUCAACUCAAUAUUUAUUUGGUUCCUUUUAAAUGCCAGUGCUACACACAUUCAGUUAUAAAGGCUGUUCACUGUGGUCUUGGAUUAUCAAAUGCUUUGCUAUCUAAUCCAACUGAGAAGAAAUUUUUGUUUGUUAUGUUAAUCAUUAUGAAAAUAAAAGUCUGUGUGCACUGGCAAUUGAAUAACGUGAUAUUCCAUUAAACUCUGUGUUUUGCCAUUACAAAAUCAACAAUUUUAUAACAGUCCUGUAACUCACAGUUCUCAACUUUGAUUAAUAUUUCCCUCAAAAAGAUACCUAGGAAUGACAGAUUAGUGAAAAUUGCUUGGAGAUAACAUUUGAACCUUAUUCUGGUUUUACUGAUUUUUAUGUUACGUAAAAAUGCAAGGUGCUGUUACAAGUCAAAUCACAAGCCAGUCUUAUCUGUAAUCUUCUCUUUGCUUAUAAGCAGUUGUAGAAGGAUAGGGAAGGAUAUAAACAAAAGGCUUACACAGUGAUUUUGUAUUAGGGUAACUUACACAGUCUCCAGCAAUCUGUUUUAGUUGAAUCUGGUCCACAGUAGACCCUACCCUCCAUAAAUUUGUCUUAGUCCUAAUUUUUCUGUACUUCUGACCUGAAAAAUGCCCCAGGAUAGUGAGUUCCAUAAUUCAGUUAUACAAAGAAAGGUUAAGAAUUAAAAAAAAAAAAAAAAAGCCAAACAAAAAAAGCUUGGGGGGGGGGAAAGUUGUUCUAAAUCUGCUGAUAAUUCCAUUUUGAAACUUUCACUUAUUUUAUUGUUGGCAACAGUUGUUUGGAUUUUUUCUUCCUCUCUGUCUGUGCACUACUCAUGAUUUUUCAGGUUCUACUAUGGUUUUUUUAUGUGGUUAUGUUCACUUUCCUUGUGUUCACAAUGUUCAAUGGUUUGUCUUCUACUGCAGCCUGAGCUGGCAUAAUCAAUGUUGCAGAGUAGUCGUAGUGCAAGUAUACUGUGAAGUGUGUAUGGCCUAAUUGCAGCUCAUACUUUGUUACUCUGCUGUUUUCUUUCACAGCAUCUGGGCCUAAAUCUUGUUUUGAGUAUCUCUAAGAACAGGAUCAUCAGCCAGAUUUGCAGCUGAUCUCAUCCAUGUCACCUGCAGUAACUAGUGCAGGGCAAACAAUGAUUUUUGCAAAUCACAGUGACAGUGAUGCCAGCCAUUCCGUGCUGAUGAAUUGACACCUGGCAAUUCCAUCAUCAGCCUAUGCAGCAUGUGAAAAAGGUACAUUUCAUCAUUGUCACAUGGCCUGAAAUCCCGCCCUCCCAAAAAUUCAGUAACUUCUCAUAAACAUUUCUAUAGUACUUCUAAACUAAUGUAAAUAUUUAGAUAUAUACAAUCCAAAGAAGAAGACAGCUUGCAAAUUACAGUUGCAGAAAGUCCACAGCACUUCAUACACUCCCCUAGAACCAGCAUCAUUCAAAACCACCAGAUAAAAUCUCUGGUGUAGCACUUCAAGCAUCUUCACGUUUGAGUUUCUCCUAAGUAAGAACGUCAGGCAACAAGGGUACUUGUAGGGGCAAAAUGUGUCAUUUCUUUGAGUGAGCUAUCUGAACAUGGCAUACAAACUUCACAGAGCAUGAAAAUAAUCUUCACUUCUUAGUGUUGUAUCCCCACCUUCAUAUACCAGUCUGUACUGACACUUUUGAAAAAGUCAUUAAAUGAUCUUUAGUAGAAGGUGAUAAUUCAUUGAAAGACAACUUUCUAGCAGGUUGUCUCUGUAUCUUCAGCCCAGGAAAAUUAUAGUUGGACAGAAACUUCUCAUGGAACAACAACUCUGAGCUGGAUAAAAAUGAUUCGAAGAACAAAUGCAAAUGUUGUAAACACAUUUCUGUUAUAGCAAAACCUUCCCACUACAGAAAUACCAAAACCUACACCCACUCCUACAUGUACAUCGCAGCACAUACAUCAGCCAGGGUGCCCGAUACAUCCAAAAGGUAUUGCAUGUAUGAUGCCAAAAUACAUUGCCCUGAUAAGAGAUGCACCUUGGUAUUUUUAGAAGGCAAGAAAGGAGAAAAA